AUGGUCUGGACUCUUGUCGAGCCUGGAGCUGCCAUCGUCGCAUCAAGUUUAGUCACCGUGCGGCCUCUACUACGAGCAUGGAGGCUGAGCGGAUUCAUAUCGACGGAUCGAACGCCGGGUAUGAGCGGUGCCAUCAGCGGGGGCAUGAGGUCAGGGACGGCACGGACGGCGCCCCGGUCGGCACCGCGGCAUGAUCCGUACGGUGUCGACGAUGGAGACACAGACCUGGAGCUCAACGAUAUGGCCAAAGACAAGCCCAUGCCGCGGCCAACCCCCCAAAUCGGAUAUCCGUCGCCGUUUGCGCAGGCCGGCUUAGAGCGAACGAGGGGGCAGUUCGACUCGGACUUCGUGAAGCCGCCGAACCAGAGACGAGGCAGUUUGGCCAAAAGCGAAAUGUAUGUUAUCGAGGGGGACAAAGCGAGCGACAUCUGGCGGGGGGAUAGGAUAGGGUCUCCAAGCGCGUCCUCGGUCGACCUCGAGGGCCUCGACGGUCUCGAUGCCCAGAGCCAACACAGCGGACGUGUUGGCCUUGGGGGUCGCAGAGAUAGAUGA